AUGGUGAACAGCGUCUACACUGUGGUCUACCGUAAUGCCGCCUACACUAUGGUGAUGUUCUUCCUGCCGUUCGCAAUCCUCACAUUCGUCAACUUACGUAUCAUCGCCACACUUAGAAGCUCAUAUCGGAUGCGUCGAAUGAUGACAAUGCACCCGCGGAAGAAGCGAGAAAGCACGCCCAUUACCGUAGACACCUUAACAACCGUGGCCGAUUCUGCGCCGAAAACUGUCUCGAUGGGGACCUUUCCUGAAAGCGGUUCUAUCUCGGCUACUAACGAUAAAUCGGAAGGAGAACGGCGUGACGGUGAUGCUGGUGGCGAUAACGAGCGAAUUCCUUCUGUUCAACUUAUUGGCCUUCGCCAACAACGUCCUUGA